AUGUCACAGAGGGAACGGUCCCUGGAGAAACCCUGCCGACCCAAAACGCACUUGUUCUUCCUGAAGACACACAAGACAGCCAGUAGCACCGUGCUUAACAUCAUGUACCGUUUUGGUGAGGCAAGGAACUUAACCUUUGCCCUGCCAGUGUCCUACCAGUUUGGCUAUCCCCAACUCUUUGAUACAAAAACAGUGAAAUCAUACAACGCCACGAAUAAUCAGGAAUACCACAUCAUUUGCAACCACAUGAGGUUCUACAAGCCCCAGGUGGAGAAGUUGAUGCCGAACGACACCUUCUACUUCUCCAUCCUCCGCAGCCCAGUGACAUGGAUGGAAUCCUCCUUUGCUUACUACAAGGACACUGCCAGGGCCUUCUCCAAUGUGACGUCGCUGGAGCAGUUCCUCGAAGAUCCCUGGAGCCACUACUCGCCCACCAGCAGCCGCAGUCAUUACGCCAGGAACUGCAUGUGGUUUGACUUUGGCUUUGAUCACAAUGAGGGCGACACACCUGCGUACGUGGACUCUGUCAUCGGCAAGAUCGCCAACACCUUCCACCUCAUCCUGAUCGCCGAGUACUUUGACCAGUCCAUGGUCUUGUUGCAAGAGGCACUCUGCUGGGAUCAGGACGACGUGCUUUCCUUCAAGCUUAACCUCAGGGGCAACGGCACAGUGGUGCCUCUGUCCGAGACGACACCCGAUCAAAUCCGAGCCUGGAAUUCAUUGGACUGGAAGCUCUACCUGCAUUUCAACCGGACCUUCUGGCAGAAGGUGGACCUGUACGGUAGGCAGAGGAUGAGCGAGGAGGUGGUCCUCCUGCAGGAGGCCAGGCAGAAGAUGAGGGACCUCUGCCUAGAGAGAGGGAGGCCUGUGGACCCCAGUCAGAUUCUGGACAAGACCAUCAUACCCUUCCAGUAUGGCUGGGCUCGCAUCCAGGGCUACAACCUCAACACCAACCUCACACCCGCCACCAGGGAAAGGUGUCUACGUAUGAUCCUGCCCGAACUCCAGUACAAAGACCUGCUGGACGCCAAGGCCCAUCCCCCUGUUUCCCAUCCUCCUGCUGCCCAUCCUCCUGCUGCCCAUUGA